AGUGACGGUUGGGGGGGGGCUAUUUCCGGUGCUCGGUCUUCUUUCUGCACGAGGCGAUUUGAAGCGAGUGAUCAUGGCUUCCCUUUCACUAGCCCCUGUGAGUAUAUUCACACCUGGUGCCGAUGAAGAAAAGGCAGAGACAGCUCGUCUGUCUUCCUUUGUCGGUGCUAUUGCAGUUGGAGAUUUGGUUAAAAGCACAUUGGGACCAAAAGGCAUGGACAAAAUACUGAUGAGUGGAGGGAAAGAUAGUUCUGUAACAGUGACCAAUGAUGGAGCUACAAUCCUUAAAUCUAUUGGUGUGGAUAAUCCAGCUGCUAAAGUUUUGGUUGACAUGUCCAAGGUACAGGAUGAUGAAGUCGGAGAUGGAACUACAUCUGUGACUGUGCUGGCAGCUGAGCUCUUGCGGGAAGCAGAAUCUCUUGUUGCUAGAAAACUUCAUCCUCAGACAAUUAUUGCAGGCUGGAGAAAGGCAACACAAGCGGCGAGAGAUGCUUUGGAAAAAGCUGCAGUGGAUCAUGGGAAUGAUGAAGCCAAAUUCCGUGAAGACCUGAUGAACAUUUCCAGGACUACACUUUCAUCCAAGUUACUGACUCAUCACAAAAAUCACUUUGCUAAUCUAGCAGUGGAAGCUGUGAUGAGGCUUAAAGGUUCUGGUAACCUUGAAGCUAUUCAUGUGAUCAAGAAACUUGGAGGGAGCUUAAUUGAUUCCUACCUGGAUGAAGGUUUUCUUUUGGAUAAGAAGAUUGGAGUUAAUCAGCCAAAGAGAAUUGAAAAUGCAAAGAUUCUGAUUGCAAACACUGGCAUGGACACAGACAAGAUUAAGGUAUUUGGCUCUCGUGUGAGAGUAGAUUCUACAGCAAAGGUUGUAGAGAUCGAAUUAGCUGAAAAGGAAAAGAUGAAGGAGAAAGUUGAACGUAUCCUGAAACAUGGAAUUAAUUGCUUCAUCAAUAGACAGCUUAUUUAUAACUAUCCUGAACAGCUGUUUGGUGCUGCAGGUGUUAUGGCUAUUGAACAUGCUGAUUUUGCUGGAAUUGAACGACUUUCACUCGUAACAGGUGGUGAAAUUGCUUCUACUUUUGACCACCCUGAGCUGGUUAAGCUAGGAGAAUGUAAAGUUAUUGAAGAGGUCAUGAUUGGUGAGGACAAACUGAUCCAUUUCUCUGGAGUAGCACUUGGUGAGGCAUGCACCAUUGUUCUUCGUGGAGCAACUCAACAGAUUCUUGAUGAGGCUGAAAGAUCUUUGCAUGAUGCCCUCUGUGUACUUGCUCAGACAGUGAAAGAAACCAGAACAGUGUUUGGAGGAGGUUGCUCAGAGAUGUUGAUGGCAAAAGCUGUGACUGAACUGGCUGUUAGAACUCCAGGCAAGGAGGCAUUGGCAAUGGAGUCGUUUGCUAAAGCACUAGCAAUGCUGCCUAUUAUCAUAGCUGAUAAUGCUGGAUACGAUAGUGCAGAUUUAGUGGCUCAGUUGCGAGCUGCCCACAGUGAAGGAAAAACAACAUAUGGAUUAGAUAUGUGCAAUGGCACAAUUGGAGACAUGGUGCAGUUGGGUAUUACAGAGAGUUUCCAAGUGAAGAGACAGGUUUUGUUGAGUGCAUCAGAAGCAUCUGAAAUGAUCCUUCGAGUGGAUAACAUUAUUAAGGCGGCACCAAGGAAACGAGUACCUGACCAUCAUCCUUGUUAAGCCUACAAUGUUGGUGUCCAGAACAUGUGGGUUUCAUGUCUACAGUGAGCACUGAGGCAGCACCCAGUGAAUAAUAGCUGAUGCUUUGUAUUUAUAAAAUUGUAGUACUUUUAAGAAUCUUGUUUUUUGGGUCUCAAUUUCACUUGAUCCAUUAGCUUUGUGCAGAAUAGUUCAGACCGUAAUUGCAAGAUGUGAUUCAGGCUGUAUUCAGGACAUGUUACAUUAAAGUUUUUUUUUAUCAC